UUCUUCACUGAGAAUCAUCGCUGCUGCAACCUCAACGUUGCAAAAGUCAAACAUCAGUGGAUGUAAGACGGAGAGCAGCAGGGUGUUGUCGAGAAGAGAGGGAUGAGAGGAGGAGGAGGAGGGGAGCACUAUGAGGUGUGAUGUUUUGUUGGAAAAGCCGGAGAAAGGCGGACACGGUGGAGAAGGUGUGCUGCUGCUGCCGCUGCCGCUGCUGCUGCUGCUGGUGCUGCUGCUGAUGUGCUGAAAGCCUGCGACAGUGCCGUGUCCAAGUCCUCCUGAGAGAUCGUCACGAAGCGGGGGAAGAAAUGGCCUAUAGUUAGAACAUCACUGACCCACAGAGAGGACAAGAAGAGGAUUUGCGUUCUUGGAUGGACGGGCCAUCAUCAUCUCUAUCACCACCACCAUCAUCGUCUUUAUCCUCUUAUUCUCGGAACUUGCAAUUCAGGCUUUAAGGUGGAACUGGCUCACUGACUGCAGCUCUAGACCCAUCAGAAGUCCUCCAGAGAGAGACUGAUGUGACCACACAGUCUACCUGAGAAUGCUACCUGACCCUCCGCCUCACCAUGUCGCCCUAGGAAAACUGUCCCUUCUCACACAACCUCCUUUUGCCUUUUUUAUCCACAUUAACCCACUGAGUUUUUGAUCAACCAAAGUCCAGGUGAUACGACUAAAAGAGCCUUUAUUUUGGACAUGUGGUUUUUUCCUUUCAAUGCUGCCAGCCACCAAGGCUAUGGUGGGAAGCAUCAUUAUACUUUUCAGCAGCUUGCUAACCUCUGCCUGGUGUGGCUCUUAGGACUAGCACUACACCUGACUCUUUCCUCAUGUCAACGGGUUGAUCUGAAACACCCCAUAGUGUCCACAGGCUAUGGAAAAAUCCGUGGAAUCAGGAAGGAGCUCAGCAAUGAGAUCUUGGGCCCAGUGGAGCAGUACUUAGGUGUGCCAUAUGCCACUGCACCUAUUGGCGAGCGUCGCUUCCAGCCCCCUGAAGCUCCGGGCUCCUGGCAGGAGAUUCGCAACGCCACCCAGUUUGCGCCUGUGUGUCCGCAGAACGUGCACGGGGUUUUACCUGAGAUCAUGUUACCUGUGUGGUUCACAGACAACCUGGAUGCUGCGGCGAACUAUGUCCAAAACCAGAGCGAGGACUGCCUUUACCUAAACAUAUACGUACCUACUGAAGAUGGUCCACUGACAAAAAAACCUGACGAGUCUACAAUGAACAGACCAAGGGAGGAAGAUAUUCGGGAUCGUCGCAAGAAGCCGGUCAUGCUGUUCAUCCACGGAGGCUCAUACAUGGAAGGCUCAGGGAACAUGUUUGAUGGCAGUGUCCUCGCUGCCUAUGGAAACGUCAUCGUCGUCACCAUGAACUAUCGGCUUGGUGUGCUUGGCUUUCUGAGCACAGGGGACCAGUCUGCAAAGGGGAACUAUGGCUUGUUGGACCAGAUCCAAGCUCUGCGCUGGCUCAACGAAAACAUCGGCCACUUUGGAGGAGACCCAGAGAGAAUAACCAUCUUUGGCUCCGGGGCCGGUGCUGCCUGUGUGAACCUUCUCAUCCUCUCCCACCACUCUGAGGGCCUGUUCCAGAGGGCCAUUGCGCAGAGUGGCUCCGCCAUCUCCAGCUGGUCAGUCAACUACCGGCCGCUAAUGUACACAAAGAUCCUCGCGAGGAAGGUCGGCUGCACUCUGGAGGACAUGGGUGAGUUGGUGGACUGCCUGCGGAGAAAAAGUUUCCGGGAGCUGGUGGACCAAGAUAUUCAGCCUGCACGCUAUCACAUUGCCUUUGGACCUGUGGUGGAUGGGGAUGUCGUUCCAGAUGAUCCUGAGAUCCUCAUGCAGCAGGGCGAGUUCCUCAACUACGACAUAUUGCUGGGUGUCAACCAGGGAGAGGGGCUGAAGUUUGUGGAUGACAGCGAAGAGGAAAAUGGAGUAUCAGCAGCGUCAUUCGACUACACCAUCUCCAACUUUGUGGACAAUCUGUAUGGAUACCCUGAUGGUAAAGAUAUCCUGAGGGAAACCAUCAAAUUCAUGUACACUGACUGGGCGGAUAGGGACAACAGUGACAUGCGCAGGAAGACCCUCCUGGCUCUGUUCACGGACCAUCAGUGGGUGGCCCCGGCUAUUGCCACUGCCAAGCUGCACGCUGAGUUCCAGUCGCCAGUCUACUUCUACACCUUCCACCACCACUGUCAGACUGAGGCGAGGCCAGAGUGGGCAGACGCAGCCCACGGAGAUGAGAUCCCAUAUGUGUUUGGGAUUCCCAUGGUGGGAGCCACUGACCUCUUUCCCUGUAACUUCUCCAAGAACGACGUGAUGCUCAGCGCUGUAGUCAUGACAUACUGGACCAACUUUGCCAAGACGGGGGAUCCAAACCUGCCAGUUCCUCAGGACACCACCUUCAUCCACACCAAGCCCAACCGCUUUGAGGAGGUCAUCUGGACCAAGUUCGUCUCCAAAGACAAGCAGUACUUGCAUAUUGGCCUGAAGCCUCGCGUAAGAGACAAUUACCGGGCCAACAAGGUGGCCUUCUGGCUGGAGCUUGUGCCACAUCUGCACAGCCUUCAUGAGAAAAUCAUUAGCUCGUUCACAACUCGAUUGCCACCUGGAGGCCCCAACCGCUGGAAGGGCCCUCAAAGCUCUGGUACUCGUUCCACACGACACCCUGUAAUCUCCACUUACCCUCCUGAUCCUGAGCCUGAUGGGUCAGAGAGAACCCCCUACCAGCCUUUCCCCUCUGAGACCAGAGAUUACUCCACCGAGCUGAGCGUGACGGUAGCUGUGGGCGCCUCGCUUCUUUUUCUCAACGUGCUUGCUUUUGCGGCACUUUACUAUAAACGGGAUAAGCGUCACGAACUCAUGCAGAGGCGCCACCGCCGACUCUCGCCACAACGAGGCACGACAAUGGGCAUGGGUGUUGGCAUGGGAGUAGUCGGUGCGCCACCGCACAAUGACCUGGCUCUUAGCCAAGAGGAGGAGCUCAUGUCACUGCAGAUGAAGCAGCAGAGGGUGGAGCUAGAGCACGGCACACCCCUGCCUUCCCGUGGUGUCCAUGGUGACCUGGAGCCUCUGCGGCCCCCAGUGUGUCCUCCUGACUACACACUGGCCCUGCGGCGAGCACCGGAGGAUGUGCCACUGAUGACAGCCAACACCAUCACCAUGAUCCCCAGCACUAUCAGCAGCAUGCAGCCCCUACACCCAUUCAACACGUAUCCCCCUGUCCCGGCCCCUUCUACUACGCCUGUCCCCAGCCACAGCAACAAUGCUCUGCCACACCAACAUUCCACCACCCGUGUAUAGGACUAGGCACAACCUCUGCUACCCCACUCUGGGCUUACAGAGACGAACCGCACAAACUGUUCCAUAUAAACUUCACCCUCUAUUCCUCUUUAAUAUGUCUUUUGCAUCAAGCCCUCAAAUAAAGCUGCAGUCUGUAAGAUAUCAAGCCAUUAAAUAUCUUGAAAAUAUAAUCAUUAAUCGAGAAGUCGAUUUAAAAUCACUCCUUUGCCAAAAGCCUGUCAUCUUAGUUCUUUUUCUUGUUAACAACUCUUCAAUACCCGGCGUUUGGACAAGCCCCCCAAAAAGCAGCUUUAAGCUUGUCGCUCUCUCAAAGAGGCCUUCAAGCUGACCACAAUCAGUCAAGCAUCUAAUGUGCGGCUUGCUUGUUUUUUUUGUUUUUUUUUAUUCUUUUUUGUGUAGUGUUGUUCAUGCACAGACUGCAAAUAUUCAUUUUCUGUUCAUUUAGUGUGAAGACAUUAUAGCAGUGAGCAGCUCUAUGUGGAGCAACAUAUGCUCCAACAAGCUGUCUGUUAUAAAGCUGCCAUUUAUUGAAACUUACAAACUGCAGCUUUAAAAAGGCCCAAUCUGGAAGUGAGUGCUUGGGCACCACGCUAUGUCCCAACAGCUGUUUCUGUGGUCUGAUUUUUGGAGAAUUUCACUUUGUGCGCAAUGUAUUGUCAGUGCUGGAAGUGCGAGGAUGAAAAUGGCAGAUGAGCAUGUGAUCUACAAAGCGGCAGUAUGCAGGAUCAGUGGAGAAAGCACUCAUUGGUGAGGUUUGGGUUACUAAACAUUUUAAGAUUUCAGGCUUUCUGUCCUGAUCACUUUUCGGUAGGUAAGCGUGGACAAAUGCACUUGUUUCAUCAGAUCAAUGCGAUUCUCCAUUGCCUCGAUUCUCUUUUAGAACCCAUUCAGACCUGGUAUUAACGUCUGUCCUGCAUGAUCCGUGCCAAUCAUACUAACUUCAGAUCGGAAUUCUCCAAGUCCAUCCUGAAUGCAUUCUCAGAAAAUCACAAAAACUACACUUGGUGGUUUGAGGACACAUGUGGCCACAUUCUUGAGCAUGAAUGAAUGCAAGGACAGAAAGGACACCACCUCAGCUGAUGUCCUGUUUUUUUUAUUUAAGGUGUGAACAGUUUUUUCCCACAUGUGAUCAGAGCACUAAGGACAGGUUAAUACCAGGUCUGAACAGAGCCUUGGACUUUUGCUGUGUUUUCCACCAUGGCACGGUUUGGUUUGGUUCAGUACAGGAUGGUUUUCAAUGGUAAAGGCCUUCGACUGAGAACAGUACCUUUAACUGGUAGAUGGGGUGUGGGCUGUGCCUGAUGACGCCGUACCGAUGACAACGAACGACAACAUCGAAAGUGACACAAUAAACAAUGGAGCACAUCCGGCAGCUCUUUUUUAUCCUGCUCACUUUGUGGCUGUUUAUCUCAACUUGAUGUCAAGCUUUGUAUGAGAAUAGACCGCAGGCAUUUGCCUCGACUAGGGAGUGACGUUUUUCUGUCACCCAAUCACCUGACUGUCAGCUGACCGUACAGUACCAUUUUACUUUGGUCACCCGAUGCGGUAACGGUUGGGGACUGGUACUCAGGGAUUUCAAGUUCUCUGUCGCUAUGUCACUGGUAAUAAAAUGAGAGGAGAAUAAAAACAGCUGCAUGUGCUUCUGUUGUGGUUUAGUUUUGGCAAUUCCAUUUAAUUAUCCCCGAGGUGUUAAACGGAUGCUGCGCUCAACCAAUAAAGCAAGCCAAAGUCAUGGUAAUGAGCCAAUCUGAAGUAAAGCAGGACGGGUCAAAGGUUGCCAAAGGACUAUUGCGACCACAAGGCUAAGGUAGCUACGUUUUUAAGCUCUGUGCUAACAGCCGUCGACUUGUAAUCUUCUUCUUAUUCUCUCGGAUUCAGUAAUGCAACUGAGAUGCUUAUGUUACCUCCACCAGUAACCGGUUCAGAGCUGUAGUUGGGAACCUCUGGUGCUUUGCUUGUGCGAACAGAGGCACUUUAUUUUCAUAGAGCAGAGCAUGUACAUGUACCACACAGCCCUUCCCGCUUUUCCUGCUGUUGUUUUCGGAAUUGUAUACAGACUGUGGCUGCUAACCGUACACAUCACACGUACACCUCGUCUCCUUUUCUUCUUUCCUUUCUCACUCAUACACGCACGUAUUUAACGGGUGGAUUAUUUGUGUGACUACAAUACAAAGUCAAGCCUUGCGAAAAGUAAACGGUUUUAUUGAAAAGAUUGAAAACAGAAAUUGGUUUGCAGCAAGAACACUCAAGUUCAUGACCCGGUUGGACCUUUCCGCAUGGAGUUUGCAUGUUCUCCCCAUGUGUGUGUUGGUUUUCUACAGGUUCUCUGGUUUCCUCCCUUACCUAAUAUGGGGAAUAGUUAAAUUGGACACUCUAAAUUGAUGUUGCGACCCAUUUGAGAAUAGGUCUGUUGGGCUACGUGCAUGUACACACUAUACUGCUUUUUUUUUUUACAUGAAAAUUGUUGAGAAGUGACUGCACAGUAGAAAAAAAAAGGGUCUUUCUUAAAGUGUGCUGUGGCGCAUAGAUGACCGGGGAAUGUGAUUUGAUCUGAUCUUUUUUUUUUGGGUACAACUCCGAAACGCAGAUGUACUGUACUGUACCAAACUGAACCAUUCCACUCAGUAGAAAAACGGCUCUUGGCAGUUGUUCCCGGGACCUGGAGUGCAGGUGUAAUGGAACAGCCAACAGGGGGCACCCUCUUUCUAAAGCCUCCUUUGAUGCUACGAACUAACUUUGAAGGCUGUACUGAAAUGGCAUUUUCUCUCUCUCAGAUAACUUGAUUUGCAACACGCUGAAAGGUUAUUAUGGAAUUGUUGAUCAAUAACGCCAAAACAUCCCUGCCCACUGUCCCCGAAAUUGCUUUAGAUCACUGUUGUCAGUUAUGAUGACCUAAAUGUCGAAUCCAACUGUUUGGCCUUUUAAAAACCUGCAUACUCAGAACCGAUGAUCAGAAACAUUUCCAGAUUGGGUCUUCAAUUAAUGGGUGAUACAGGAAAUAAGUGGAUCAUUUGUCUGUGGGCUGCAAUCUGGAAUCCAGGCUGCACUGUAGAACUUGCUGCAUCUUUGCCAUACAGACUCUUAAUCAUGACCAGUACUUUAUUUGUCUCCCUCUCAUUAUUCCUUUGUCUGUAUCCCCAGCUCAUUGAACAGUUUUUCUCAUUCAUUACCCCUCGCUCACUUUCUCUCUAUCUCUCCAUCUUCUCUUGUAGCUCUUUUUAUUAAACCACUGGCAUAAUCAAUGUUCAUCUCAAAUUCUUUCCCCUCUUUCACAAUCACUUCUAGACUCUUUUUCCCUUUAGGAGUCUUUUAUACAAAAACACAAAUGUAAAUGAUGUAUUAUUAAUAAAUUGUAAGGAUAUGAAUGAAAAAAAAAAACCUACAAAAACAAUAUUCUGAUAUCUUGUUUUUACCAGCAUUCUUGGUGCCAAGUACUGUGACAAAGUUCCGCUUUCGCUGGCGUCCAGUGGAGCGCCUGCAGAGGUGCGACCUGACUGUAUCUUACAAAUGGAAUCACCCUCAUAAAAAGUGCCAACCCCCUUCAUCUUUGUUUCUGAUCCACACAGGGUUAUAUUUUAAUUAUGCUUAAUGUUGCACUGUGGCUUGUCUCUUUUUGAAAGGGAAAUCACAUCAAAUCAAUAUAUGCUCAUUUUGAAAAAAAAAAACUAAGAAGAAGAAUAUAAACUACGUUUCUGUCUGGGAUAGUUGCAUGAUUUAUUUUUUUUUCUCCUAAAAAGUGUGGACAGAGAGCUUUGUUUUUCAUGUUCGCUAAUUUGCCUUCUUAUUCUUUUAUUUUUAUUAUUUCUGAAAUGAUUUGUAUUUUAAUAUUAACUGCACUUUGUGGCACUUCAAAGGGUAUCAAAGUAUACAGAGAUGAAUAUUGUGUAAAACUAUGAUUAGAAUAAAGAGAGUAAAUAUUUA